UCACUCACCGCUGUCACCACCGCCAUCUAAAUCCAAAAGGUCUCCUCAGUCUUCGUUGCCGUCGCCUUGAAAACAUGAAAGCAGCAUAGAGAAAAGAAAAAAGGGUUGCAUCGACAAAAUUUCGCCUAAUUUCGUGUCUUCAAGUGGUGGCCCCUUGGAGGACUGUUCCGGUUUUUGUUCCGAGCCAACAGCGACCCAUUUGUUCCGGAGGAAAGCCCGUGGAUGUGGAUUAAAACGGUUCCUCAUAGGCAGUGAGUGUGAGUCUCAAAGGAUUGUCACAAUCGCCCCCGUAGGAAACUCCCAUUGUGAUAAGCAGAAGCCGAAACGAAAAUUCGCCCGCUGUUGGUUUGAGAGCGAUAGUUAAAGGUUGGGAAUCGAUAAGACUGAACCAUCAUAACGCAAACCGAGGAAUCGAAGGGAAAAGCACACACAUUGCAGAAAGUGGGCAGCAGGAGGUGCAAACAGAACCAACUCCUUAUCGUACGUGCAUUCGUGUUUUCAGGGCCCGUUCAGACUCCGAAAAGCCUUCAAAAUAGAUAGAUCACAAAUGCCCAGAGGCAAACGCCGGUCUGCAGCGGAGAUGGGACCCAGCGAAGACGACCGACACUCGUCCAAGAGACAGAGGAACGCCUAUCAAACCAGUCAGAGCUCUCGGCGAUACAAUAAAGUAGACGAUGCAUUCAGUCAAAAGCGAUGUCUGACCUGGUUCCACGAAUACACAACGCCAGACGAUCCGAAUACGUUAGGUCCGGAGGGUAUGGAAAAGUUCUGCGAAGAUAUUGGCGUUGAACCGGAAAACGUUGCGAUGCUGGUGCUGGCGUACAAAAUGGGUGCCCGCCAGAUGGGCUUCUUCACACAGAGCGAGUGGCUGAAAGGGCUGACGGAUCUGCAGUGCGAUACGGCCGGCAAAGUACAGUGCAAGCUCGACUACCUGCGCAAUCUACUGAACGAUCCGAACGCGUUCAAAACCAUCUACAGAUACGCGUACGAUUUCGCUAGGGAUAAAGAUCAGCGCAGUAUGGACAUUGAGACGGCGAAAGCGAUGCUGCAGUUACUGCUCGGCAAGCACUGGCCCCUCUAUGCACAAUUCGCUCAGUUUCUCGAGCAGUCCAAGUACAAAGUGAUCAACAAGGAUCAGUGGUGUAACAUCCUCGAGUUUUCCCGUACUAUUUCAAAUGAUCUAACCAACUACGACGUGGACGGAGCAUGGCCUGUGAUGUUGGACGAAUUCGUCGAGUGGUUAAGACUGCUGCGAUCACAGUCGACGAUUAGCUGAGGAAUGUAUUAUUAAUGCGGAGGGCACAGACACUUUCGGUGGCCAUCUGCAGCUCCACACACACACAUAACACAAACAAUCCAGCAACAUUGCACAGGCAACACAAUAAAUACGGCUUCGUCACCCGCAUGCAGCCGCCAAAUCAGCAACAAUGCAACAUAAUUGGAUGCUUUUGAAUUCACAGGCCAGUCGCGAUCAUCCACACACAUCCCCCUCCCUUCCCCCAAAAUAGUCCCAAUAAUCGAUAAAACGUCUCCAACUAAUCCACCACAAACUGGUCGCAAAAUGACGAAGCACUCAAACAUGGGAUGAAACAAGACAACCCACGCAAAUUCUCUUAGUUUAAUUUGUAUCUUCGUUUCUUUAUUUCUCAAAGAAAAUAAUAAUAAUGAAACGUGAAAUGUACGAGUUCAGCUCUUUUAAUGUGUUUCCCACUUUACUAUUUUAUUCGGUCAUCAAGGCUUUCGUUUAUCCCCGUUUCUUGGGUUUAAACCAUUAUCUUUUAAUUUAGUAAACCAAAUAAACACCACAAAAUCAUAACAAAUAAGAAGUGAAGAGCGGAGGAGACGGAAUGAGCAGCUACAGUAGGUUCAACCGGAAAACAGAAAUAUUCAGAAGAAUAUAUCACGUACUAAAACUACCUAAAAACUAUACUUUGGAAAACAUAAAAAUACUUAUCACAAAAAAUACAAAAACAAAAAGUAACACGAUAAAUGCAGCAUACAUAAAUAAUAAUCAUUUAGGACUCUCCCUUUACGGCUAAUACAAAACAAAAGAAUACAUGUUACUCUGGAUAAUAAUUCACAAAAAGAUAGCAACACAAACGAAAUUUAAAAAAGGUAGAAAAGAACACUAGUAUAGAGCGAACACAACAACAAAUAAAACGGGAACCGAACAAGCUGAGAACCUAUGGCGAAAGUUUCAAAAGUGACGGCGACUUUAAGUGAUCAGGGCCACUGUAUUUUAAACAUCAUUCAUGAAAUUCGGCACGACAACAAAAGUGAGACGGGAAACAUCUCUGUAAGGUUAGAAAAAAAAAAUACGGAGAACAAAAUUUGGUAAAAUAAAGUCGAAUAAACUAUGCUAGGAUUAUUUUUCACAUGAA